AGGAAGAUGAAUGGGAAGAGACCUUUCAACAACGGCUUCGGAGGAGGGAGGGGCGGUCACCAGAAGAAGAUGAAGAAGGUCAAGGCAAAGCCAGUCAAGGAGGGCUCAUCAGAAGAGGUCCUCAUGGCCGACAUCCGUGCCAUGUUGAAGGCGCAGAAACUGGAAGACGCCGACAAGAUGACGAAGGAGGAGGAAGAGAAAGAAGAAGUAAAUGAGAAGGAGGAGGAGGAAGACCUUCCCGAACCAGGCACAGAAAUCGAGGUCCAGGUUGAGACCCUCUCCUCCACAGGCGAUGGCCUCGCCCGCCAGCCAGGCCGCAAACAAAUUUACGUCGUACCCUACUCCAUACCUGGCGACCUCAUCAGGAUCAAGGUCUACCGCCACCUGACACACCAGGGCCACUCGAUUGGCGAUUUUCUCUCCGUCGUGAAGCCCUCGCCCCUGCGCGACGACACCAGGGUGAGCUGCCAGUACUUUGGGAGGUGCUCCGGCUGCCAGUUCCAGAUGAUGGCCUACACAGACCAGCUCGCACACAAGCGCACCAUUGUCGAGCGUGCCUUCAAGAACUUCUCCCAGCUUCCACCAGAGCUCGUACCCGCCGUCGGCGAGACCAUGGGCAGCCCACUGCAGUACGGCUACCGCACCAAGCUGACGCCACACUUUGACGGGCCGCCGGGUGCCAACCAUGGACGGCGCGGCAAGAACCGCGAGAGGAAGUUCUUCACAGAGGUGCCUGACAUAGGGUUCAUGCUGAAGAGCUCGCGGCGGACCAUCGACAUCGAGGACUGCCCCAUCGGGACGGACGCGGUACGCAAGGGAAUGGCGAGGGAGAGGGCCAGGAUGAAGGACGAGUUUGCCAAGUACGAGCGUGGGGCCACCAUUCUUCUGCGAGAGAGCACGAGGCGGAUACCAAAAGACGAUGAGAAGGCCCAGUUGCCAGACCCUAUGCCCGCCGACGCGGUGGUCGUCGAGGGAGACAGCUUCACGGACGUCAAGACCUGCAUCACAGACAACAACGCCACCUCGACCGAGUAUAUUGACGACUUCAUCUUCACCAACCCGGCCGGCUCCUUCUUCCAGAACAACAACUCCAUCCUGCCCUCAUUCACAGACUACAUUCGUCAACACAUCCUACCCCCGGCCGCCCCCGAGGGCCAGCCGCAGCAGAAACCCAUCCGCUAUCUCAUCGACGCCUACUCCGGCUCAGGCCUCUUCACCAUCACCCUCUCCUCCCUCUUCACUGGCGGCAGCAUCGGCAUCGAUAUAGCCGGAAAGUCCAUUGACUUCGCCCGCACCAACGCAACCCUCAACAACCUCCCCGAGGCCCAGUGCCGCUUCAUCGCCGCCGACGCCCCAGAGCUGUUCAAGUCCGUCAGCGCCUUCGACCCGGACGAGACUAUCGUCGUGCUCGACCCGCCGCGCAAGGGGUGCGACGCUAGUUUCUUGCGCCAGCUUCUUGGGUUCGCGCCGAGGAGGGUCGUCUAUGUCAGUUGCAAUGUGCACACGCAGGCCAGGGAUGUGGGCGUCCUGGUUCGGGGCGAGGUGGAGGGUGAGGGGAAGACCAAGGCCAAGACGAGGUACGAGAUUGAGAGCCUGAGGGGAUUCGAUUUCUUCCCGCAGACGGGCCAUGUGGAGGGUGUCGCGGUUCUGAACAGGGUC